AUGGAUUACUUGUUCUCACAUCCCGGGUGCCUGCAGAAACUGAAAGCAGAAGUGAAAGGGUGGUUUAUAGUGCCCCUGUGGACAUCACAGUCAUGGAUGGGGAUGCUUCGCCAAUCCACGAAUCAUUAUGAGGUGGAGGAACUUGCUGACACAUCCGUCAACAAUGGAGGAACACCCGAUAAUGUGUCACACCAAAUUAAUGGCAUGUCUAUUGUGUGGGAUAUGAUUGUAUUAGCACAGCCCGGGGAGCCUAUGCUGGGCAUUGUUGUGCUUCAGGUUGUCAAACCCAGGUAUUCAGGGACCUGGGAUGUUUCACCAGUACUACAGAAACUUAGGGAGUUGGAACCUCUUCACAGCAUCCCUCUAAAAAAUCUUACCUUGAAACUAGUAAUGUUGAUGGCUCUCACACAAGCAGCUAGAGUGCAAACUUUACAUUUAUUAGUCAUUAAGAACAUGAAGAUUAAGCAAGAUAAUAUUUGUGUUUGGUUAGGAGGCAACAUUAAGCAAUGUAGACCAAAUUAUAAUGUUCAAUUUCUUAAUCUUAAGGCUUAUGUCACAGACAAAUGGUUGUUUGUGUAUAACCCCUUGAAAAUGUACAUUAAUAAGACUGAGGAGUUAAGGUGCCAGUCAGGGGAAUGUGAAGAUAUAUCUUGUCAGUUUAUCAAACCACAUAAAUGUGUUUCAAAGGAUACAGUUGCACGGUGGAUUAGGAUGUUAUUAAUGGGUAUUGACACUAAUAAAUACUCAGCAGGCAGUGUAAGCUUGGUGCUAGGUAUGGUAAUAAAGAAAUUGCAAGUGAUAGGGAUCUUUUCCAAGAUGCGGUACUGAAGUAAAUGUUUCACAUGUUUGAAUUUCUUACAGCACUAUAAAACAUUCAGAUGUUGUGAAGUGAAAUUUCUAUAUUGAAGGAACUUUACAAGGAAAGGUAUUUUAUUUCUCUUUCAAACAUAACAUUUAAGUAUAUAUUCCUUAGUUGCUUUUGUAUUAUGGGUGCUAUUAAUUUACAAAAUUAUGCAAGAGUUUACAAUAUAAUUAAUUGUUAUUAUAAUUUACUAUUGUCUUGUAAGGAAGUAUGGUAUUUCUCAGUACAUGGCAGUUUAGAGGGUAAUGUAUUUCAUUUACCUUAUCUGGAAAUCGGUUAUCAUAGUUUUGUGGGUUCCACAAAUUAAUACAAUCAUAAAGAUAAGUUACAACCCCCACAUGGCUUUAAAACCUCAUUGGGAAGGGUCCUCCAGCAGAAAUGUGAUUUGCUGAAGUAAAAUUGUUAGAGUACAUGAGACUUACUGUACAUCAAUUGAAAUGUGCUUGUAAUUUUACAAAGCAAGUCACUUCUUCUGGAAGGGAGCUUUGACAUGUCCGCUGCUUCCGCCCUAUGGGUGACGGGGGAAAGUGAUAAUGUGAUGUAGAAGGCGGUUACUUGGGGAUUUAGAGUGUAGUGUCAUGUGGGGGGUUGAACACUGUAAAGUCUGACCGAGUGUGGCAGUGGGCAUAUCUCAUGUGAAAGCUCCCUUCCAGGAAAAGUGACUUUGUAAAAUUGCAAGUACAUUUCAACUGACGUACGGUAAGUCUCAUGUACUCUACAAAUUUACCGUCAAAAACAGAACCAGUCUGAGCUUUAUCUUGCCAGAAUAUAUGUUUGUGCAAUGUUAUUCUUUAGCAGGGUGCAUAGUGCUGAAGCUGUGACAAUUACUAGGCAGUAUGCCACUAUCAGGCUGGAUUUAAGAUAUAGGCCACCCAUCACAAAUGACUUGAAUGACACUGUGGAUGGCUUUUGAUCGUUAACAGACAUGCUUUUAACUUUUGAAUAUUGUAAUUCUUCCAAGGAAUGAAGAUUUGUAGAUUAGGUAAAAUUAUUAUAAUCAUGCAAAAGGAACUAGUAUAGAUAUGUCUGUAAAGUAUUAGGGGUCUAUUUAAUUAAUAUGUAAGAAUUAUAACAAUGAUUAAAAAUCGCUCCCCAAACUGAGAGUCCGAAGAUGAGUAAUGGGAUUGCAUAGCCAAUGGAGAACAUGGUGAUCAAAGUACAGCUGCAUGCAUAUAAAAGAAUUAAUGAAAACUUGUGACAUUUGAGCACUCCUAUAAAGCAGAGUACCACUGCAAACCAAACCAAGCAAUAUUGAAAUGUGAUGUUGAGCUUGAUGGAGGCGGGAGUGCUGGCUUUUCGAGAGGGUGCAGAACCAGACUACAAAAGUUUGAAAUAUUGUUCAUAAUUGAGAAAAGAAAAGAAAAGAAAAAGAAAAAAUAUAUAUCUUACAUUUCAUCCUGCAUACAAUGUUUUAUUUUAAAAUACUAAUAAAAGUAUUUUUGCAUACAGAUUUUGCUGCAGUUUGGCAUUAGGUAAAAUUUGUUGUAAAAUAACCCAUUAAGAGUUUGUUUUACUGCUAAAGGCAAACCACAUGUCAGAUACAUGUAAUGGCUUUUUGAGAGGGUGCAGAACCAGACUACUAAAGCUUAAAAUAUUGUUCAUAAUUGAGAAAAGAAAAGAAAGAAAGAAAAAAAAAAUGUCUUACAUUUCAUCCUGCAUACAAUAUUUUAUUUUCAAAUUCAAAUAAGAGUUCUUUUGCAUAUAGAUUUUGCUGCAGUUUGGCAGUAGGUAAAAUUAGUUGAAAAAACAAUGUUUUACUGUUAAAGGCAAACCACAUGUUAGAGAUAUGUAAUGUUUUAUGUCAUAUUAUUGCUUAUGUCAAAUAAGUAAUUUUAGUUGGUUUAUUCAAACCUAUUCAAUUGCUUUCAGUGUGAAGUACAGUUCAAAUUCUUCAAAAAAAGGAGAAAAAAAAGAUGGAUAGACAACCAACCAACUAUUUAGAUAAACAGAUAUAACUCACACAAAAAAAAUUGA